AUGGAUGCCGGCCUGGGCCAGCAGACCCAUGACGCUGCUUCCAUGAAGAUGCUGCCGUCUUUGUGCGCUCCACGCCUGAUGGCAGAGGACCUCGGAGGGACCAACUUCCGCAUGCUACGGGUGAAGAUUGCUGACGAAAGUGGCCAGCAGCAAGUGUUCAUAGAGAAUGAGAUCUACGUCAUUCACAAGGAGGUCAUGGCUGGCACCGCUGAGCAGCUGUUUGACCUGAUCGCCAAAUGUCUGUCCGACCUCCUGAAUAAACACAACAUCAAGAGCCAAAAGCUGCCCCUUGCCUUCACAUUCUCCUUUCCUUGUAGACGAAGACUCACGUCGGCGGUGCAGUUCCGCGACGAAGAGGACGUCGGGGAGGGCCUCGCGACGAACCCGGGGGCCUGGGCCCCGGAACAUCGCCCCGUGGAGCCGGCUCGGCUGGAGCGGGAGGGGACGGCGGCUGCAGGAGCUGCCGCGCCGCCGCCGGACGUGUCGCUGGCUCGGGCCGCCUACCCCGACCUGGAGGGGAUGGGCUUGGACUCCCUAGCCCUCGACAGGUUGUUGGCCCUCGCGGCUGAGCUGGGCAUCGUGUUGUCCAUCCCGGAGGAGGCCCAGAUAACUUCGCUGGCUGUGGCGCACAACAUGCAGGCUCACCUCGCCCUGCGACGCCCGGCCAUGAUGGCAGCGUGCGCGGGCGUCCCACUACCGGCGGCGCUGGACGCGGGAGUCACGGCCCAGGGCCUCCCCUUCUGCUACCGGAUCUCCGACGGCGGGGCCUUCGCGCCCACAGGUCUUGCUACCCCUCAGGCUGCGCAGUCCGUUGAAAUUGGAGUCCCCGGGGACAGCGCGGCGGAAAAGGAUCAUGUCCCCUCUGCGGUUGAUGACAUGUUGGUGGCGGACAUCAUCUCUCCAUCCACCAGCCCAUGGGGUGCCACCAUUGUGCUGGUCAAGAAACGGGAUGGGAGUCUCCGUUUCUGCGUCGACUUCUGUAAAUUGAACAAGAUCUUGGUGGCUGAUGCAUAUCCAUUGCCUCGCAUGGAUGAUUCCCUCGACGCUCUCUCGGAUUUCUCUAGGCCAUUCCUCCUCGACACCGAUGCCAGUGACACAGGCAUUGGGGCUGUUCUCGCCCAGGUGAUCGAUGGGGUUGAAAGGGUAGUGGCCUACGGCAGCCGGUAUUCCCUGUGGAUUGACCAACCCUCGGGCCAGAUGUCCUGCUGGCUCGAGGUGCUCCAGGAGUACCCCUUGGAUGUCAUCCAUAGGAAGGGGACUCGGCAUGGGAAUGCGGAUGGCCUUUCCAGGCUGCCCCCGGACGGCAGGUACCUCUUGGUGGUGGUGGAGUACCUCACGCGUUGGCCUAUGACGUGGCCUCUGGUGGACCAAUCGGCCUCGUCCAUCACUGAGGCAUUCGUUCAGGGGUAUGUUCUUGAUAAGGGGGCGCCAGAACAGCUCUUGACUGAUCAGGGUCGGAAUUUUUCUUCUCGUUUGCUCAAGGAGGUCUGUGACCUCCUUGGGACGAAGAAGGUCCGCACCUCGCCCUACCACCCCCAGUCCGACGGGAUGGUAGAGCGACUGAACGGUACGCUCACUUCUAUGCUGUGCCAUCACGUGAGCGCGUCCCAAUCGGACUGGGACCUGUUCAUCCCAGGGGUGCUGGCCGCGUACAGGUUGGCUCCUCAUGCCUCGACGGGGUUCUCCCCAUUUUAUCUCAUGUACGGGAGGGAAUCCGAGCCCCCGAUGCAUGUCCAGUUGGACCUGGGGCUUUCCAGGAAGGGCUCGCCUGUCCCUGCGCCCAUGAGGGUUGCGCUCGAUCGGCUGCGUGAGGCGCGGCAAGCGGCAAUGGAGAAUUCGGCCAGCCAGCAGGCAGCUACCGAGCGCCUGCCCAAACACCAGGCUGCUGGCCUUCCGUGGGAAAGGGCCCCUAACACACUUUGGCGUAAGCCCUUAAUAAACGUGGAAAGAGCCCCUAACCGCAACCUGCUUCGGAGUCGUGGAUUGCGCCGCAACACUUGCAAGCAGACCAAGCUGGAUGAGAGCACACUGCUGACUUGGACAAAGGGGUUCAAGACGAGUGGUGUGGAGGGUCGUGACAUUAUUCAGCUGCUGCAGGAGGCCAUCAAGUGUCGUGGGGACUUUGACAUAGACGUAGUGAUCGUGGUGAAUGAUACCGUGGGCACCAUGAUGACAUGCGGCUACGAUGACCAACGUUGUGAAGUCGGCCUCAUUGUCGACACGGGCACUAACAUGUGCUACAUGGAGGAGCUGAGUAACGUGGAGCUGGUGGAAGGCGACGAGGGCCGCAUGUGCGUCAACACGGAGUGGGGCGCCUUCGGGGACGAUGGAGCGCUCGAUGAUGUGCUCACCGAGUUUGAUCGCGAGCUCGACCACAACUCUCUCAACCCCGGCAAGCAGCUGUACGAGAAGAUGAUCAGCGGCAUGUACUUGGGUGAGAUUGUGCGCUUGGUGUUGGUGAAGCUCACGGAGGAGGGGCUGCUUUUUGGAGCAAAGGUGUCAUCUGCGCUUGGUACCAAGGGAUCAUUCGAGACGCGCUUCGUGUCUGCCAUGGAAAAGGAAAAUGUAGGGCUUGAGAAGGCAGAGAAGAUCCUCAAGGACUUGGGGCUGCAAGUUUCAGUGCAGGACUGCGAAGCCGCCUGUCUGAUCUGCUGCCUGGUGUCUACUCGUUCCGCCCACUUGUGUGCCGCCGGCUUGGCUGCCGUGGUGACACGGAUUCGACAAAACCAGGCCAAGGAUCGGCUGCAGACGACCGUGGGUGUGGCCGGCUCUGUCUACAAGCUGCACCCUCAGGAAGGGAGAGUUCCUGACGCUGGAGCUCGGGGACGGGAACUUCAUUGUGAUGCUGGUGAAGCUGCCAGGGGGUGGCCGGCGCGAGGCUUCCGUGUUCAAAAAGAUUUACUCUGUGCCCGAGAACAUACAGCGGGGCACUGCGCCAUGAUGCUGUUGAUUCUGUGCGGACAGGGUAAGCUUAUGAAAUGGACCAAGAUGUUUGGCGCAUCGGGGUGUGAGGGAACGGAUGUGGUGACAUUGCUUAAGGAGGCCAUUGCUCGGCGCAAUGAGUUUGAGGUUAAGUCGGUGACGCUCACAAACGACACGGUGGCGACCAUGAUGUCAGUGGCCUACACAAGCCCGCACUGCCAGGCAGCCCUCAUAGUCGGCACGGGUUGCAAUGUGUGCUACAUGGAGGAGCUGGAUAAAGUGGAGCUGGUGAAGGGGGAGGGAGGCAUAGGCAGCCCCGGGGAGGGGGAGGAAGGCCCCCACAUGUGUGUGAAUGUGGAGCUGGGAGCUUUUGGGGACAACGGUUCACUCGAGCACAUGAUGACAGACUUUGACAGAAACACGGACAAGUCUUCCCUCAAAUCUGGCGAGCAGAGGUUUGAGAAGAUGAUGAGCGGGAUGUACCUGGGUGAGAUUGUGCGGAACAUCCUCAUCGACCUGACCGAGCUGGGCCUCCUGUUCCGUGGGGUCGUGUCCGAGAGGCUGCGCACACCCGGUAUCUUCGAAACGCGCUUCCUGUCCUACAUUGAGAGUGACCGGCUAGAUUUGCUGGAGGUGCGCUCCAUCCUACGGCAGUUGGAGCUAGUCCCGACCUGCGACGACAAUCUGGUGGUGAAGGAGGUUUGCCAAGUGGUAUCACGCCGUGCCGCCCAGCUCUGUGGUGCCGCCAUGGCUGCUGUGGUGAACAAAAUGAGAGAGGGCCGCCGUGUGCAGUGGCUGAAGCUGACAGUGGGCGUGGAUGGCACCAUGUACAAGCUGCACCCUGGUUUUUCACGCGUGAUGCAGAAGACGGUGCACGAGCUGACGCCCCACUGCGUGCUCACAUUCCGCAUCUCGGAAGACGGUUGCGGAAAAGGGGCUGCGCUCAUCGCAGCGUCCAGGCUGAGCCAGGGCAGCCAGGCAUGAGAGUCGGCUUGGGCCAUCUGCAGUUGGAGCUGGGCCCUGGGCGGAGUGACUGCAGUGACCUUUAACCUUAAUGCCAACUUUUUUAGUCUCACACCUCGCCAAGAGCACAGUUAGAUAAGUGGUGUAGACGUUUUCUUGGUUCUUAAUAAGCACGUUUGCUCACAAUAUAUGAACCAUAUUGUUUAGUGGCAGCUGUUGUUGCUUGAAUGGGUGGGUGAUUCAGAGGGUCAGCUUGGGCUAUUGCCUCUAAAAGUCGAAAUUGGAGAAUCUCUGAAGGGUCCAAACUCAAAUUUCCUCUGAAAUCCACACGGGACGGAAUCCAGUCACAGCUUGAGUUUAUAGAGAUGUAAUCUUAGCCUUAACUCAUAAUUUCCCCCUGUCCAAAAUAAAGUCAAUUACAGAAACUUUUA